GUUUUGGUGUAAGCUUAUCCCACAAUUCCCGGCGCCAUCUCAUCAUACUCUAUGGUAGUCGGAUGUGAUGCUUUUGUGCAAAACGUCACUCUUUGCCUGUGCUUUGCUUUUGCAUAGUAACGGACAUCUCGGUAGCCCUGAUUGAAACGCUUGGUGUGAAUGAGAGCUAUCAUCAAUGGACAGAGAGAGAGCCAGAGUGGAGUUUCCAGCGCUAGAUCCACAGGAAUCAGAUACGGAGACUAAGCCAGAGGAGCCACACUGGGUAGCAGAGCUGUUCCGUCCUCACUUCACGGUGCUUGACCUGCUCGAGGGCAGCGAUGGAAGACCCAGGCUGCAGGAACCCAGCUCCCCCCUGCAGGUGGCUUCAGAGAAGGAGAACCAGGAGAGGAGCCGCAGGGUGCAGGAGAUCUACAGGUCUGCCCUGCGGGAGGUGCAGCUGAGAGAGAGUGUACAGAGGAGGGAGAGGCUAUCAAAAAUGACGGUCAGGGAGGGGGAAUCGGAGGAGACGGACCCCAAACGUGCAGGCCACAAAGGCAUGGUUCCCGGCCAGUCUGAGGAUGAGGAGGGGGGAAAGGAGGAGGAAGAGGAGGGGGAGAGGUGCAUCUGGAACGAGCGGGACCUCUCGGCGCUGCGCAGGGCCGUGCGGGAGGUGGAGCUGGACCGCCGCCGGCUGAGGGCGGAGCUGAGGCUGGCGCGGGCGGAGGCUGGGGAGCAGCGGGAGGAGCGGCGGCGGCUGCAGGGGCUGCUGGACGAGCGGGAGGAGCAGCUGGGCCGGGCAAAGCGGGCGGCGGCACAGUGCAAGCUCCGUCUGGACGCGCUGAGGGCCGAGGCCCGCGGGAGAGAGGCACGGCUGGAGCGGCAGGCAGCCGAGGCCAGGGACAGGGCACAGGAAGCCCAGCGUGCCGCUGCGGGGACGAGGAAGGCCGAGGAAGAGGCGCGGGAGGCCAGGAGAGAGAACGCCGGCCUGGUCCGGGAGCUGGAGAGGCUGAGGGGCCAGCGGGAGGAGGAGGACCGGAGGCAGGCCGAGGUGGCCCGGGUGGAGCGCGAGGCGGCCCUGCAGGGGCUGCAGAGGGAGCUGCAGGCGGUCCGCGCAGAGCUGGAGGCUGAGAGGCAGAGCCACGCCCGCAGCCAUACCGCGCUGGAGCUCCUGCGCAGGCAUUUCACUGGACACCCUCCACGGGAGACCAGGGAGAGCAGCGCCGACAGGAUCUCAUACAUUUAGGCCUGUAUUCAAUCAAACUGUGUCUUUAAUGGUACUGUACAUAUUUUAUCUGCACAAAAGCAUGUUUGCCAAGAUAAUUUUGGUGAUGGCUGAACUGUCCAACCUGUAUCAGUGAAGAUAGCAUAAGCUGUAAUUAGUGAAAGUCAUUCUUCUACUCAGAUCAGCACUCCCGCUCCAAUAGCACUGUGGGGUCUGUGGGGUACUGUAGUCACUAGGCUUGUUGGACAGUUCAUCAGAGUGCAAACCCUUCAGCAGCAGUGCUCAUUGCAUACAGUGGUAAAUUGAAUGACGCACAAUUUAUGAUUACAAAUUCUGAGGGGGGAAAAUAUCAUGAAAACCAAUAGCAGGAAAGGAUCUUGUUAAUAAGGUACAGCAUGUGAUCAUGGGGAAGUUUGUAGGAAAUAAGUUUCUGUUAAAGCAGAUGUCCUUUAUUCAUGAAAGAAAAGGUGACACAAUCUGGUAUGCAAGGAAUUUUUAAUUUUUAGUUUUUCAUUGAUUUUUUUUUGUUUUAAAUAUGCCAACACCUUUUAAAAUAAAACAUAUGUACACAUUUACGGUUCUCCACCCACACAGAUAAUUCUUUGGAAGCAGGAAAAAAACAGGAAAAUGGAGUGAUAAAAAUAACAGAUCAACCCAAUCACAAGUACAAAAGAAGAUAAAAUGCGUUUCAAACUCUCAUGUGAAAUCAGCCAAGCCACCUACAUCACAUUUUGACAUGCAUCAAUAUGAAGCCUCUGUUGCUAUCCCAGUGCUGUGGAUUCUGUUAAAUACUCUUGGGCAUAUCCACAAAGCUCUCAACGACCACGUCUUUACUGACGUGUCCAAUUAUACACAUUCAGUUGCAAUGCCAACAUAUUAAAAAACCGUUCAACUUAAGAUUUUCAACAACAACAAAAAAAAAAAGAA